GAUUCCGUGGACGCCGUUGGCCUGGGAUCCUUCGUCGGAUUUCCGCCGCAACUUCCCGCCUCCAGCGACAAUCCGCAGAGCCACCGCCGCCUGUGUCCACCCGCGCCGCCAGAGGCCCCGCACGCUGUUGCCAAGCUCUUGCGCCGCCAGAGGCAGUAGGAUUGAGGACUUCUUGAAUUGUCACACCUGGGCUGGCCCAGAUCCCCUGCCGCCAGUCCUACCCGCGUCGCCCGAACCUCCAAAAAUCGCCGUGCGCAGCAUCCCACCGGGGGCCUCAGCCUCCCGCGCCCUUCCGUCUCUGCGACGCUGUCUUUAACCUUGGCGGCGCUGCUUGCGGGCUGACACCGGUCCUCUCCGACUGAACCAAGGUAUGCCCGGUGUUGAAGACGAUGGGGCUCCAACAACCACAUCCGCCAUCAUUCCCGUGCCUGCCGACCAAGACACAGCGCAGAACUCGAGCUGCCGCAAACAACAGCAGAUUCUAGCAGUAGCUCGUGCUGUCGAUUUUGUGGAGGCAGCGCUGCGCGGUGCUGGAUGGACUGCUCCCCCGACGCUAUUGUCCAUGGUCCCAGCUGACGCCCCUUUCUUGGAUUCUUGUUGCGAUGGAUUUGAUAGAAGUGAAAAAGAAUACAGAGAGUGGUCCGGUGAUUGCUGUGUUGAGAAGAUAAGACUUUGGACAUUACACACUUAUUCUUCGAGCAAAAUAAACAUGCGGGAAGGGAAGUAUAUCAAACCAAUCAAGACAAUCUCGAGCUGAAGUACUAGAUUGAGCAACACCACCUUGCUGCCCACUGAUCCGCGUCCCCUGGUGUCCCACAAGAUAGCAGAAUGCGUGUGAUGGUAAAUCACUUAGUUUUAGUGUAAUUUGUAGCUCACUCGUUUUAUUCUCUGUAAUAAAGAAGUACACUCAUUCUCUGUAAUCACUUAGUAUUAGAGUAAAGUCAAUUUAAAAUGAUCUGUGGAGAAAUUCAAAUACUUGACAAGAUAGCAGAAGAUAACAGUAGAAUGCGUGUGAUGGUAAAUCACUUAGCUUUAUUGUAAUUUGUAGCUCACUCGUUUUAUUCUCUGUAAUAAAGAAGUACACUGAUUCUCUGUAAUCACUUAGUAUUAGAGUAAAGUCAAUUUAAAAUGAUCUGUGGAGAAAUUCAAAUACUUGACAAGAUAGCAGAAGAUA